GAGGACAUAAACGCAUCACAAGACAAAAUACGACUAAUAGGUUUCUUUAGGUUUCCGCAUUGGAUAGCGGUCCAGCUAACUUUUAAGCUAACCAUGCCUGGGAAAUGUAAAUUCCAGGAUUCCUGGCUGACAAAGGACGCUUUCAAGGACUGGCUGGUCAAAGACGCCGAUGACAUCCACUUCGCUCGGUGCAGGGCCUGCUGUAAAUCAAUCAAACUUCAGACCAUGGGCGAGGCUGCUCUCACCAGCCACGCAGGCGGAGCUGGCCACAAAGCGGCGGUCCGCAAGCUGCUGGAAGGCGGUUUAAUAGGCGAUGCAAGACAGAUGAAUGGCAACAUGAAUCGGGUAGAGAAGAUCAAGGAGCAAAUGGCCCUCACCCUCCAGCGUGAAGCUUUGGACAGAAUCUCAGGCAGUGACUGGUCAGAGCUGCACCAGAGUCCCGCUACAAACUCCAGCUCCCACAAUGCAGAGGUGCAGGAUGCAGCAUUUCCCGUUGCCUACUUCACAGCCCCAGGAACCUCAAGGACCAUCAACCAUCAUCUUCACCCAUCUGACAUCAAGGAGGAGGACGUCAGCCGCCGACUAGCUCAUCAUGACACUGUGGACUUAUCAAGAUUUGAUUUUCAGCAGCGGACAGAGGCCUUGGAGCAGCUGGAACAGAUGAAGAUCCUGGAGUGGGAAAACAGGAUGAAGGUGCUUGCAUGGGAACAGGAGCUGGUAAGGGAGAAAAGGAAAGCUGCUCGACAGAAGGAGAAGGCCUUCAGGAUGAAAAAGGCCUAUUACAAGGCCAAACUAAAGAGGCUGGGUGAAGACGUGCCACCAUCCUCCUCUAGCAGUGGUGAUGAAGAAGAAAAAAAUAUCUGAGGUCAGUGGUUGAUCUUGUUCAUUCCUGUACUGUUUGUUUAUAACCCUUGGGAUUUUUUCAUAGAUUGAAAUGAACAUGGAAGUAUGGAAGGCCCUGUGGUAGGGUUUCCAUUAAAGGUCAAUGUCAUUUACUGUGGCUCCAAACUGGAUACUGGAUCUAUGUCAUUAUUGGAUAUUCAUAGCUUUCUUUCCUUUUCUUUCCUUUCCUUUUCUUUCUUUCCUUUCCUUUUCUUUCUUUCCUUUUCUUUCUUUCCUUUUCUUUCUUUCUUUCUUUCUUUCUUUCCUUUCUUUCUU